AUGGAUCCCUCAUCCCGUAGACCAGACCGUGGUCUGCGAUUAAUCGCAAAUUUACCAGCCUUACAGAACUUGAUCAAGCGAGACCCAGAUUCGUAUGCGGCCGAGUUUGCUACCCAAUGGGAUCACUACCAGUCACUCCGGUCGGUCAUCCAGCUCGGGCUCAGCGUCGCUGGUGGCGGUGACCUCAUCGGUGCCGGUAGCACUACUCAAACCGGCGCCAGUGUUAACAAUAAAGGCCGAAGGGAGACCGAAGACAAAUUCAAGGAUGUAAUCGGAUUCCUAGCUCAGACUGCUCCUUGCUUUGCUGCCAAGCAAAACCCUAUCAGACCCGUCAAAUCCUUGCCAUCAGAGCUAUCCAGCCUCUUGUUAGAAAGGCACGACAGGUUACAGCCUGAAACUAGGAAAGCAUUGGUCCAAGCCCUAGUGGGCAUACGUCGAAAAGACCCCACCAACUGCAUGCUCACUAAUCUCGAAUUAUUGCACGUACUCUUUGCGUUGCUACCCCUGACUACAUCGCCCACCUUGAGAGCUUCUAUCUUGAAGACAAUCCUGACUGAUAUCAAGAUGGCAAACAAGAAGGCCAAAAACCAAAAACUGAAUCGAUCGAUCCAAGGCCUUCUAUUUAGCAUGGUCGAAAGCGGGAUCAACUUACCCAGCGGCACCGGUGGAUCAGCGCUGGAAGGUACAGGCAUCAAAAAGAUCAAGGUUAAAGGCCAACAUUCCGAGGCUAAAACCAGCGGCCGAGAGGCCAUGUGGGCCGUCAAACUUGCAUCCGAGCUGUGGCGCAAAGGGAUUUGGAACGACUCGAAAACUAUUCGAAUCCUAGCAGACGCUUGCUUCCAUUGUAAUACCAAGGUCCAAUCAGCCGCCAUCCACUUCUUCCUCGCCGAUCCCGAGUCUUCGGGUGCCUGUGCAGACGAUCAGGAUAGCGAUAACGACCAGCACGAAGAGAUCAACGUCCGUCAAGUCAAACAUGUCCAAACUAUCAACAAGAAGAGGAAAUCAACUGAGAAGAAAACCGAAAAGAAAAUUAAAGCCGCUGCCAAACUACAACGAGCCAAGGAAGCCGGUGCCUCACGCGUUGACUCUAACUUCUCUGCGCUACACUUGAUUCAAGAUCCACAGCACCUCGCAGAAGAGUUAUAUGAAGCUUUGAUGCGAAACGACAAGGUCUAUACACUUGAGCACAAGGUUCUUAUCCUCCGGCUUUUCUCUAGGAUCAGCUCAGCACACAAACUGCAAGUCCUACCGUUCUACUCCUAUGUACUCAAGUACAUCGUUCACCAUCAACUCGAAGUCACUUCGAUCCUCGCUUCCCUGGCAGAAUCGGUCCAUGAGCUCACCCCACCAGAUGUGUUAACACCAUGCUUACGCAAGCUCGCCAACGAGUUCGUCCACCCUGGAGUUGCCUCGACCGUCAUCGCGGCGGGCUUGAACAGUAUAGCCCAAAUCUGUCGGCGUCAGCCGCUGGCGAUGGAGCCUGACUUGCUGGCUGAUCUGGUGGAGUAUCGGAAGAGUAAGGACAAGGGCGUGAUUGCUGCCUCGCGCGGGCUACUCGGCCUGUUCAGAGAGGUCAACCCGACGAUCUUGAAGAGCCGGGACCUGGGCAAGAAGGCGGCAAUGGAGAAGCAGAAGGCUCGCUCCGGCGCGCCUCCCUCCGAGCUCGUCCCCGGACUGAGUAAACAGGUGGCCAGGUACGGCGAGAUCCGAGGUGAAAUCUCUUCCAUCGCCGGACUGGACUUGCUUGAACAGGCCAUCUCCACCGACAAUCGGGACCGACAGGAUGGCGCCGAUGAGGAUGGGGACGACUUGGAGGGCUGGGAGGUUGCGUCGAGCGACGGUGACGAUUCAGACUCUGAUGGCGGCGGUUGGAUUGACGUCAGUAGCGACGGAGGCAGUGACCUAGACGUAUCUGACUCCAGCGACGAGGACUCGGAUGAUGAGGCAGAAAGCUCUAGAAACAAGAAAAAGCGCAAAACGUCCAGAUCGACCCGCAAACGGAAAACGGAAACUGCAGGAUCUGAUGAUGGUGCCGAAUCGGAUGAAGAGGGUGAUACUGUUAGCCAAGCUGGAAGCAACGCUCCUAAACCGCUUUCUGAGAGUCUAGCAGCUACAAAAAUCCUCACCCCUGCAGAUUUCGCACGACUAAACGAGCUGAAGAUCAAUGCGAUUGAAGAUGCCGCGAAAGCGUCGGGAUCGAAGAACGAGAACUCAGUGCACCAAAAGCUGCUGAAAGAGCUCCGCAAGCGGGCCUACCACGACCCACAGGGUCUGACCACGUUCGAUGCAGAUCUUGCGGGUGGAGGACAGCACCAUGUGACUGAGGGAGAUAUCAUCGGCAAGCAGAAGAAGGCUAAACAGGACUACGAGGAACGAAUGGCUUCGAUCCAGGCUGGUCGGGAGGGGCGCGAAAAAUUCGGAAGUAAUAAGGUCCGAGGACGGAAAGGAUUGAAGAACGGCGCGACUGGUAGUAGCACUAAUGAGGCCAAGUCUCGCCAAAAGUCUUUUGCUAUGACUCAGAACUCAAAUAAAGUGAGGAGUAAGAAAGGCGCCUCGUUGAGAGACCGUCAGAAAGUCUUGCGCGCUCAUAUUGACCGCAAGAAGCGUGGAGGUCGUCGUGGAAACAAGUGA